UGAGCCCAGUUUUGGGAAAAGGCCAGAUUGCAUCAGACAGAGCUUAGAGGGCGGGAGCCAGCCCCGUGGUCUGAGGAGGAGACAGUUAUAAGUAGGGGUGAGGGAAACUGGGAGAGGGCAGAUCAGGAAAGAAGACACAGGCAAGACUUUGGAGAAAGCAGACCAGGCAUGAUGGCCGCCUUGCCACCCACAGCCAACCCUUCCCAGCAACCUCUAAGCCUAGAGGACGAAGAUGGAAUCCUGGAUGAAUAUGACCAGUACAGCCUGGCCCAUCCUUACGUCGGGGGAGGUCGGAAAGGUCGGACCAAGAGAGAAGCUGCCGCCAACACCAACCGCCCUAGCCCUGGUGGGCAUGAGAGGAAACUGCUGACCAAGCUCCAGAACUCUGAAAGGAAAAAGGCCUGGCGCUGAGACAGAGCUGGAGAUGAGGCCGGACCAUGGACACCACACCCAGCAAUGG